AUAUUUCCCAAAUUCCCAAUGGGCAAUGGCUAUCAUUUAAUUAUGACGUUUUAUCUGUGAUAUUAGUUUUACAAAAUUAAUUUAAUUGUUAUAUCGUGUACUGUGUAGAAAUAUACAAGUUUAGAAUUGUAUAUUACAAAUAUAUAUAUUUUUUUUGUAAUUUAUAGUUUCUUUUACAUUCGUUAUAUAGUGACAAAAAUCAAAUUAAUGCCGGCUGAUUACAAAUUAUAAUGACCUGGAUAAAGAUUGAAAAAAAAAUGAAGAAAAAAAAUAAGCUAUCAACUAGAAAUAUAAUUUCAUCUACUUAUCUUGAAGAAUAUACAGGGAAAUGGAAUACAUCAACUCAGUUAACCACCAUAUUACAUGAUAAGAAGGCAAAGAAGCUUUAUACUACGAUAUGUGAUGACAAAGACAAAACAGAGGCUAAUUUAAACAAAAAUGCAUUGAUAAAAUGUAUUCUUUAUUCUAAUGCUUCAGAAAAUGAAAAAGAACUGACAAUAUUAAAAAAAAAUAAAAAAAGGAAAAGAGACAAAAAACAGGUACAAAAUAAUGAAAAUUUAAAAACCGAUAAAACUAUGUUGAAGACCAGUAAGUUGUAUACUGAGACCAUUGAUGACAAUGACACAGAUUUGAAUAUGGAAAAAACAGUUGAUUCUAAUUUAAACAAAGAUGAAUUGACAAGGAUUCCUAUUGCCAAUGCUUCGGAAAGUGACUUUUUAUUUAAAAAAAAGAAGAAGAAAAAGAAAUCAGAUAGAAAAAUGGUACAAAAUGAUAAAGAUUCGACAAACAGUAAAGCUACAUUGAAUGUAGGAAAGUAUUUUGAUGAGACCGUUCAUGACAAUUACAAACAUUUGGAUAAAGACGAAACAAGGGAUUCUAAUCUAAACAAAGAUGAAUUGACAAGGAUUCCUAUUGCCAAUGCUUCGGAAAGUGACUUUUUAUUUAAAAAAAAGAAGAAGAAAAAGAAAUCAGAUAGAAAAAUGGUACAAAAUGAUAAAGAUUCGACAAACAGUAAAGCUACAUUGAAUGUAGGAAAGUAUUUUGAUGAGACCGUUCAUGACAAUUACAAACAUUUGGAUAAAGACGAAACAAGGGAUUCUAAUCUAAACAAAGAUGAAUUGACAAGGAUUCCUAUUGCCAAUGCUUCGGAAAGUGACUUUUUAUUUAAAAAAAAGAAGAAGAAAAAGAAAUCAGAUAGAAAAAUGGUACAAAAUGAUAAAGAUUCGACAAACAGUAAAGCUACAUUGAAUGUAGGAAAGUAUUUUGAUGAGACCGUUCAUGACAAUUACAAACAUUUGGAUAAAGACGAAACAAGGGAUUCUAAUCUAAACAAAGAUGAAUUGACAAGGAUUCCUAUUGCCAAUGCUUCGGAAAGUGACUUUUUAUUUAAAAAAAAGAAGAAGAAAAAGAAAUCAGAUAGAAAAAUGGUACAAAAUGAUAAAGAUUCGACAAACAGUAAAGCUACAUUGAAUGUAGGAAAGUAUUUUGAUGAGACCGUUCAUGACAAUUACAAACAUUUGGAUAAAGACGAAACAAGGGAUUCUAAUCUAAACAAAGAUGAAUUGACAAGGAUUCCUAUUGCCAAUGCUUCGGAAAGUGACUUUUUAUUUAAAAAAAAGAAGAAGAAAAAGAAAUCAGAUAGAAAAAUGGUACAAAAUGAUAAAGAUUCGACAAACAAUAAAGCUACAUUGAAUGUAGGAAAGUAUUUUGAUGAGACCGUUCAUGACAAUUACAAACAUUUGGAUAAAGACGAAACAAGGGAUUCUAAUCUAAACAAAGAUGAAUUGACAAGGAUUCCUAUUGCCAAUGCUUCGGAAAGUGACUUUUUAUUUAAAAAAAAGAAGAAGAAAAAGAAAUCAGAUAGAAAAAUGGUACAAAAUGAUAAAGAUUCGACAAACAGUAAAGCUACAUUGAAUGUAGGAAAGUAUUUUGAUGAGACCGUUCAUGACAAUUACAAACAUUUGGAUAAAGACGAAACAAGGGAUUCUAAUCUAAACAAAGAUGAAUUGACAAGGAUUCCUAUUGCCAAUGCUUCGGAAAGUGACUUUUUAUUUAAAAAAAAGAAGAAGAAAAAGAAAUCAGAUAGAAAAAUGGUACAAAAUGAUAAAGAUUCGACAAACAGUAAAGCUACAUUGAAUGUAGGAAAGUAUUUUGAUGAGACCGUUCAUGACAAUUACAAACAUUUGGAUAAAGACGAAACAAGGGAUUCUAAUCUAAACAAAGAUGAAUUGACAAGGAUUCCUAUUGCCAAUGCUUCGGAAAGUGACUUUUUAUUUAAAAAAAAGAAGAAGAAAAAGAAAUCAGAUAGAAAAAUGGUACAAAAUGAUAAAGAUUCGACAAACAGUAAAGCUACAUUGAAUGUAGGAAAGUAUUUUGAUGAGACCGUUCAUGACAAUUACAAACAUUUGGAUAAAGACGAAACAAGGGAUUCUAAUCUAAACAAAGAUGAAUUGACAAGGAUUCCUAUUGCCAAUGCUUCGGAAAGUGACUUUUUAUUUAAAAAAAAGAAGAAGAAAAAGAAAUCAGAUAGAAAAAUGGUACAAAAUGAUAAAGAUUCGACAAACAGUAAAGCUACAUUGAAUGUAGGAAAGUAUUUUGAUGAGACCGUUCAUGACAAUUACAAACAUUUGGAUAAAGACGAAACAAGGGAUUCUAAUCUAAACAAAGAUGAAUUGACAAGGAUUCCUAUUGCCAAUGCUUCGGAAAGUGACUUUUUAUUUAAAAAAAAGAAGAAGAAAAAGAAAUCAGAUAGAAAAAUGGUACAAAAUGAUAAAGAUUCGACAAACAGUAAAGCUACAUUGAAUGUAGGAAAGUAUUUUGAUGAGACCGUUCAUGACAAUUACAAACAUUUGGAUAAAGACGAAACAAGGGAUUCUAAUCUAAACAAAGAUGAAUUGACAAGGAUUCCUAUUGCCAAUGCUUCGGAAAGUGACUUUUUAUUUAAAAAAAAGAAGAAGAAAAAUAAAGGAGAUAAAAAAAUGGUACAAAAUGAUAAAGAUUCGACAAACAGUAAAGCUACAUUGAAUGUAGGAAAGUAUUUUGAUGAGACUGUUCAUGACAAUUACAAACAUUUGGAUAAAGACGAAACAGAGGAUUCUAAUUUAUACAAAGAUUCGUCCGCCUUAUCAGAUAUAGAAUAUGUUAAUGUUUUGUUAAAAACUCCUUUAAAAAAGAAGACAAAUUCUAAGAUUGCAAUAAAAGAAUAUACUGAAUCGUCAAAAUAUGAAUCUAUACAAACAUUUCUUAAAAAUAUGGAAUACCUGAAUAAAGUUAUAACUGAAGAACAGCCAAAUGAGAUUUACAAUGGUUCUGCUAUGAUUUACACUCCAUACAAUUCAAGAAUUUCAAAAGUCCAUGAACAGUACCCUGAAUUAUUUCAAAAAUUAUUGGAAAAAAAAAGGAAAGUUACGAAAAAAUCUAUUAAGGUUGUAAAUAGUAAAGAAGUAAUGUCACCGAAAAAACGUAAACGACGGACGCCUGAUAAAGAAUAUUCGAAAAACGAUCCCCUUCAAUCAGUGGAUACGAAUGUGGAGACAUAUGUUGGUAAUAAUUAUAAUGUCGAAGGCGGGACUAAGAAAUUAGAAUUUUUUGAUUCUUUGGACGAUCAGACGUCGGAAUAUUGCACCAUGGCCGACACAGGUAUGUAUUUUGGCCAAUAUUCUAAUCAAACGGCUAACAACGCCUACGGUGUACAUGGUCACAAAAAUGUUCUCACUGGAAACACUCCUCUCCAGUGCAACGUUUGCUUUAAAACGUUUACCUAUAGAUCCAUUUUGGCUAGACAUCAAAUAAUGCACACCGGUGAGAAACCAUAUGCGUGCAACUUUUGUGGCCGAUCAUUUUCGCAAGGGUCAACUUUGGCUAGACAUAAAAGAAUGCACACCGGUGAGAAACCAUAUGCGUGCAACGUUUGUGGCCGAUCAUUUGCGCAAAGGUCAAGUUUGGUCACACAUAAUAGAACGCACACCGGUGAGAAACCAUAUGCGUGCAACGUUUGUGGCCGAUCAUUUGCGCAAAGGUCAAUUUUGGUUACACAUACUAGAACGCACACCGGUGAGAAACCAUAUGCGUGCAACGUUUGUGGCCGAUCAUUUUUUCAAAGGUCAAAUUUGGUUUCACAUAAUAGAACGCACACCGGUGAGAAACCAUAUGCGUGCAACGUUUGUGGCCGAUCAUUUGCGCAAAGGUCAAGUUUGGUCACACAUAAUAGAACGCACACCGGUGAGAAACCAUAUGCCUGCAACGUUUGUGGCCGAUCAUUUUCUCUAGGGUCAACUUUGGCUAAACAUAAUAGAACGCACACCGGCGAAAGACCAUUCAAGUGCGGUCAUUGUGAAAAAAAGUUUACAUCAAGCGGUAACUGUAAAAGACAUACACUAAGUGUUCAUACCAAAUGUUUUUAAAUUCGUUACUAUUAUUGUUGUAUGACCCAUUACUCAAGAAAAAUAAACUAUAAACAUCAAAUUAUGUAUGAAAACGUCCAAUCAUCAUUCAUUGCAGUAAGGGUUCUCGACUUAGAAAACGCUAUCACAGUAUCACUUCAUCGUAAACGUUUAAAUACCUAUAUGCUUGGGCAUAAGCAAAACCACUCUGUCGACGACGAUCGCCCGUUGUGUAGUAGCUUCAAUGCUCUCUGUCUGGCGUUGUUGUUGCGUAUACUUUACAUUAAUGAUUGUAUUGCUUCUCCUUCAACUGUUUAAUAGCAAUGAAAAUAUUUCUAUUCCAGAAUGCUUUUGUAAUAAGCGGAUAGCGAGUAUUACCUAAUCGACUAAAAUUAUAUAAUGUACAUAUUAGUUAUAAGUUAUAACCUUAGACUGUAGUCCUAUUUGAUUGUGUAAUAAAUACCACCCAAUCAUAUUAAAUUCAAAUGAAAUUCAGUUUUUAUAGAAUUAGGUUUUUGUUAUGUACAUUUAUUUUAUCUAUAGACGAAAGUUGAAUAAUAAAA